UAGCCGAUUGCCGGUCGAUCCGAUCUAUCUGAGCAAUCGUUUCAUUGCAUUUAAACGAGACAAUGCUUGACGAGGAAAGCCUCAACUACCCACUCUUUCGAGACUGUCUCUCCACCACGAUACUCCAGCCCGCAACGCCCGCGCCGGAGCCGAAGCGUAGGAGGCGAGCCAAGGCGGGGCCGACGUCACCGGCGCCGGUCGCGGAUCCGGAGCGGGACGCCCAGGAACUCGCCGACUUCAUCGACUACCUGGCCGACGGCAUCUUUCAGAACCUUCCGCAGGAUUUACAGGAACUGGACUACCGCUCAUGGAGAGAGUCCGAAGCGCUGCAGACGCAGUAUUCCCUGCCCCUGACGGAGGAUAGCCUGUCAGAGCUCGUCUUGCCGACUUCCAUCUGCGAGACGCUCGUCACGUAUAAUCUUAUUUCCCCAGACCUGUCUCAGAUUUCAAAUCUCCCAUGUACCCCUGAGGCAUUCCUGCUCCCCAUUCUCACAUCAUAUCUCACUCCCCUCAUCGAGCCACCGCCGGCUACGGCAUCGACUCGCACAGACGCCUGCGAGAUUUGUGAGCGUUCUUGGAUCCCCUUAUCAUAUCAUCACCUCAUUCCUCGCUUUGUGCACGAUAAAGCCGUCAAGCGCGGAUGGCACCGCAAAGAGGAUUUGCAAAACGUGGCGUGGCUGUGUGGCGCAUGUCACAGAUUCGUACACCGCUUUAAGAAUCAUGAAGAUUUGGCGAGAUAUUAUUACACGGUUGAGCUUUUAUUAGAGGAAGAGGAGGUUAGAAAGUUUGCGGAGUGGGUUGGGAAGUUACGCUGGAAGGGUGGUAAGACGAGGAGUAGAAAGCAUUAGAAGUACCUAGCCAAGAGCUAUAACUUACGAGAGUGCUCUGUGUCGCGUGUAUCCUGUAGGCACGAAGGUUGAAUGUGAAGAUGGGCUCUAUUGUGUAUGCGAGGGCAUCAGUUUUACUUUGAUCCGUGAAUUUUUGUAUAAACUCUUGGUGAAAAAUCGUAACAGUAUUUCUCAUAAGAUAGAUAUGCUGAUUGACAAGAGAAAAAGGAGACAUGAAUCGUAAAUAAUA